AUGGCUUCUCGAUUCUUUCCCUCACGCAGAACUGGCCUAGCCCUCGCUGCAGGAUGUAUUUUGUUUUCUGCACUAGCAGCAGCUCAUAGUGUUCCCGGAGAUCUCUCCGUUGCCCAGAUCGAAGAACAGCUACAGAGCUGUCCACUGGUCGAGUCCCUCAAUGAGCACAAACGCGCCACCAAGCCGGAGACUACUAGCUUGACAGCUAAGAUCUUCGCCGUUCUCUUCCCAAGCAGUCCCGCCAUCAACGCGCUUUUGGCAACAUUGUAUAUUUCCGGUCCUCCAAACUUCCUUCUGGCACUAUGCCCACCCAACAUCGACCCCUCCUCACUCUCAGUGAUGGUCGCCUUCGCCGUCGGUGGCUUGCUCGGUGACACCCUCUUCCACCUCCUCCCCGAGAUCUUCGUCGGCGAAGACUCACCCGAUAGCGUGAGCUUUGUGAUGGUCGAGCCGAACAAGAACCUGCUCCUCGGCCUUGGCAUCAUGGUCGGCUUCUUCACCUUCGUCGCAAUGGACAAGAUCCUGCGCAUCGCAACAGGCGGCGAAGGCGGCCACGACCACUCUCACCAUGCGCACGCCGAGUCCAUUGCUGCAGUCACAUCUGGAGCGGAGACGAAGAAGUCCGGCGAGCUCAAGCAACGCAAGUCUUCCAAGGAACCGUCGACUGCUGUCGCUGUGGAAGAGAAGGAAAUCAACCCCAGUGUCAAGCUCGGCGGAUACCUCAAUCUGAUUGCAGACUUUACUCACAACAUCACCGAUGGUCUUGCGCUAUCUUCGUCAUUCUAUGCUUCGCCCACCAUCGGUGCAACCACCACAGUGGCUGUAUUCUUCCAUGAAAUCCCCCACGAGGUUGGUGACUUUGCUCUGCUGAUUCAGUCGGGCUUCUCGAAGCGUAAGGCUAUGGGUGCCCAGUUUGUCACUGCCAUCGGUGCGUUCUUGGGAACUAUCAUUGGUAUUGCUGUCCAGGAGCUUGGCGGCAACGGUACGAUGUUGGAUGACACUGAGCCUGCCGGACUCAUGGGAACUAGCCUGACCUGGGGAGACAUGCUCCUGCCAUUCACAGCAGGCACCUUCCUAUAUGUUGGCACUGUUGCUGUGAUUCCCGAAUUGCUCGAGACCGGCAAGAACAAGGGCGAAGAGAUUCGCAAGACCAUCACACAGUUCUUGGCUGUCGCCCUUGGUGCUGGAAUCAUGCUUGCGAUUUCUUGGCACUAA